AUGGAGAAGGAGAAGGAGGAGCGCGAGCGUAGGGAAAAGGAAAAGGAGAGGGAGAGGAAAGAAAAGGAAGAGCGUGAGCGCAGCGAGAAGGAAGAGCGCGAGCGUAGGGAAAAGAAGGAGAGGACAGAAAAGGAAGAACGCGAGCGUGAGCGUAGGGAGAGGGAGAAGAAGGAAAAGGAAGAACGCGAGCGUGAGCGCAGGGAAAAGGAGAAAACCGAGCAAGAGGAGAAAGAGCGCAAGCGCAAGGAGAAGGAGGAGCAAGAGGCCAACGAGAAGGCAAGGGAAAAGCAAAAGAGGUCCGAAGCAAUGAGCGCGAGUGGGCCGAGCAGAGGGCAAGCGAGGGGCGUGCAGCAAGGAGGUCAGACCGGCGGUCCCGACGGCAGAGCGAGUCGGCCCACAGGGCUCAAGGAGGGCAAGCGCGCCAUCGACGAGACCCGGGAGGACGUGGAGACAGCGCAAGCACCGCAUGCUGGCAGGCCCCCGGCGGCGUCGGCAGAGGAGAACCGCAGUCCCACCAAGAAGCAGAAGGUAGAUGACCAGCAGGACGAAGGGACCCUCUACCUGGACGGCAUCAACCUCCUACGCGCGGAGCAAAAUUGUGAGGACGGGAGGACGUCGAUCACGCAGCCGGCGAAGCGACCAAAGAGCCUCAAGAAGCAGCUGGAGGAGGAGCGGCUACAGCGCGACUACCGCUCCAUCCGGUCUUUCUUCUCGUUCAACGCCAAGAAGCCCGCCGCCGACGGGGCGCCGACUGCUGUCUCGCCGCGGCUCUCUCCUCCCCGGCAGAUUGCAGUCGCGGCGGCAAGCCCUCCUCGGACCGAGCCAGCCGAUCCGCCACCGGCGCCGGCAGAGGCCUCGCGAGAAGAAGGUGGCGGAGCAAUGGCGGACCCGCCACAAGAAGAGGCGAUGACCGACCAGGAACGCAAGAAACUCGCGCGAAGCCGGGCCAGGGCAGCCAGCGACCCGAAGAAGACGCCUCGCUUCGUGUUCGGGGAGAACUGCCCGGGGUGUGCGACGUGGAUGUCCAAGAGCGAUAUCACCAGCGGCAUGCAGGACUCGGCCGAGGCCUCGCAGACGCGCUGCGCCUCGUGCAAGCAUGUGUUCGCGCCCAGCGUGGAGGUGACCUUCUCGGUGGGCCGAGAGCAGAAGGAGGACCGCAAGGAGCGUGUGCAUUUCUUCGACAAGGUCCGCCUCGAGGCCGUGGCCAAGGAGCGCUACAAGCAGGGCGGGCGAAAGAGCUUCACCAUAACCCUCCUUGCCGAAGAACGCUCACGAAACGGAGUCAUCAAUGUGGACAGGACGGACUUGUUUUGGAACCUGGUCUACCACUUCGGCAGCCUCAAGGACGCUGUCUGCACCAUCUUCCCCACCCUCAACUGGAACGCUGUCUUUCGUCCAAGUCCCAAGACGACAUAG